AUGGCGGAUCUGAAGACUCUUGGAAAUCUGGCCUAUGGUAUUAAGGCUGAUGAGAGCCAGAGAGCACCUGGGGCAGGCGCUCUUCCUCGGCAAGGAAGCACCAGACGCGCCCUCACGGUGCAAAAUGAAACCGGAGAGUUCGUGGACCUCGACGUGCAGCGGAAAUGCUCGGCCAGCAGCUGCAUCAUUGGUGCCAAGGGGCGCUCCACCCAGAUGAACGUGGCUGAGGCUGACAAGGUGACCGGCAGGUUCAACAGCCAGUUUAAAACCUCCGCCAUGUGCGGGACCAUUGGCUACAUGGAUGAGUCCGACGACUCCAUUCUCCGACUGGCUGAGGAGAACAGCAUCGUGUCCAGUCCAGGAUCUUCUGACCGAUAUGGAGUAUUUGUCAUAACUAUAUAA